AUGGGCAAAUCAAAACCUCGUAACCGCCAGAGGAACCGCCAGGACCCAACUUCAAAGGCCAGCAAACCCCCAACAGACCCCGAGCUUGCGGCUAUUCGAGAGAAAAAGAUCCUACCAGUUCUGAACGAUCUCACCAGCACCGACUUACAGACUCGGUCCAAUGCGGCGAGUGCAAUUGCAAAUUUGAUUGAAGAUACCCGGUCGCGGAAGCUUUUACUUCGAGAACAUAUUGUGCGGAUCCUGUUUGAGCAGACUCUCACCGAUUCGAGUUUAGAAAUUAGAACUGCUGGAUGGGGAAUUUUGAGGAACUUGGCUCUGGAAGAGGAGGCGGAUUUUUGCGUUCAUCUAUACAGACAGGAUGUUUUGACGACAAUUGAAGGCACUAUAAAAACAGUCAUUGAAACUAUCGAAUCCCAAGCCGUACCAUUUUCCACCCUCCCAAAAGCUCAACAAGGACUUGCCUGGACCUUGACAAGCUCAUUACUGAGCCUUAUCUCGUCUCUUGCGGAAGCACAGGAAGAAAUAAUCAAGUCCAUAAACAAACGUCCUACUUUUGUCAAUUUUCUCUUUGGUUUACUAGGAUUUGACCUUACACCCACGGAAGUCCAAAGCGAAGUGCUAUCAUGCUUGACUGCUCUGACAGAGGACAAUGAAUUGCUGGCGCAACAAGUAGUUGACAAUGGCGAUUGGCUAAAGGGCUUGAUGCACUUGAAGAGUGCCAAAGGCCCUGUUGCUGUUGGCGCCUGUGGACCUUUACACAAUAUAUUUUCAGUCAUGCAGUGGUCAGACCACAAGACUCCAGUACCAGGCGCUUCGGACGCAUCGUUACUUCCCACCCUAGUCCAAGCCAUGGAGACCAUCAUCCCGUCGGCCAUUGGUACAAAUGGUCACACAUCGCAUUCAACUCCAGAUCAGAUUCUCCAAUUAGCUUUGGAGAUCACCGCAUCAAUUGCCACAAGCCUCCAAGAAGCUUUAGAGAACGGCCAUGAGAAAGAGUUCGAAGGUUUUGGGGAUGACGAUUUGCAAAAAGGUGAUAUGGACGAUGUCGGAGAUGAUGAUGAUGGAGAAGAUGCAGAUGGUGAUGAAGAGGAUCACGAGAUGAACGAAGAUGAGAUUGCAGCGGAAAUGGAAAUGGUGACCGGCGAUGGACCGGAUGAUGACGAAGAGCCAAGUGAGGAGCCGACUCUGGAUGAGCUUGUGAGAAAUGCAACACCCAGAGUCCUCAGCCUUGUACAGUCAUCUGUCGGUUCACAGAACGAGACUGUACGAGUCUCCGCCCUCUCUGCCCUGAAUAACAUUGCCUGGACGGUUUCGAGUAUCGAUUUUUCAGCACGACACCUCGACAGCUUGAAGGAUUUCUGGUCCUCAAUGGCUCAAAAAAUUUGGGAUCAGACAGUUACGCCGGUUCUGGCCUCGAACACCGCCGACAUAGAAUUAGCGUCUAGUAUCACUAGCCUUGCGUGGGCGGUAUCGCGUAGUGUUCAAGGAGGUAUUAAGAUACAACCCGACGAACCGCGCAAAUUCAUGUCUCUAUACCAGGCCUCGUUGGAUCUGGAAAGCGCACCAGAAAAACAAGCCAAUGGUGCAAAGGCCAACCAACCCGAGAACAACGAUGCUUUUCAGAGCUUGGGAGUCAAGUGUAUUGGUGUUCUAGGAACGCUUGCUCUUGAUCCCGCACCACUCCACUUAAAUCGUGAAAUUGGAGUGUUCCUUAUAACAACACUAGCUGACCUGCCCAGGACGUCUGCUGCCGUUUCUGUAGAGGCUUUGAAUGCGGUUUUCGAUAUUUAUUCGGAUAGUAGCUUCGCAUUUGAUGAGCCUGUAUUUUGGGGGGAUGGAUUUUACAAGCAUCUAGAAGAUAUUCUGCCGAAAGCUAAGAAGAUGGUGAAGAGUAUAGACAAGAGGAAGUUCGAGGAACUGCGGGCCCGAGCGAAUGACUCGGUGCUCAAUUUAACGCGAUUCUUGAAGUACAAGAAAACAGAAAAGGAGAGCAAGUCUGGAUGA